ACUUCUUUUCUUUGCUAAGCUGUGUUUGUGUUGCGUGUUAUCAUGCCUGAACCGGCAAAAUCCGCUCCGGCUCCCAAGAAGGGCUCCAAGAAAGCCGUCACCAAAGCCCAGAAGAAAGAUGGGAAGAAGCGCAAGCGCAGCCGCAAGGAGAGCUAUUCUAUUUACGUGUACAAGGUGCUGAAGCAGGUUCACCCGGACACCGGCAUCUCGUCCAAGGCCAUGGGCAUCAUGAACUCGUUCGUCAACGACAUCUUCGAGCGCAUCGCCGGCGAAGCAUCCCGCUUGGCGCAUUACAACAAGCGCUCCACCAUCACGUCCCGCGAGAUCCAGACGGCCGUACGCCUGCUGCUGCCCGGCGAGCUGGCCAAGCACGCCGUGUCCGAGGGCACUAAGGCGGUCACCAAGUACACCAGCUCCAAGUGAGUCCCUGGCGGGACGCGGCGCUCGCUCGCGCGAGUGGCCGGCCUCUUGACUCCAAAGGCUCUUUUCAGAGCCACCCACCUAAUCACCAGAAAAGAGCUUUAUUCACUUGUGUACCUUAGUUCCUUCUCACGAAGUAAGGUAUUGUAGUUUAACGCAGCUUUUUAAUCAUUGGAAACUCGAGAUUUGCUUUUGAGUCUAUAGUGAGUCUUUCUAUUUAUUGUGCUGCUUAGCUUUCGUAGGAAUCAGUUCUAAAUUAGGAUGUUGGUUGUACUGCUCCUCUGAACUCCCGCCCCACACUGUUAGCGUCCUGUUGGCUUCUGUUUGGUAUGUUUUAUUCUAAAAAUGAAGUGACAAUUCAGCCAUAGUUUAAGAGAGGACUCCAGGGCAUAACUAGACCCAGGUCUCACGAACACUGCAUGACAGCUCUGUAAGGCUGAAGCUUGGCGGCAGUUUGUGUGUCGGGUCACCAGUUCUGCCCUGCGAUGGAGCGUCCUGCGGAUACCAGCGGUUCUGUGUACUUUGGGCGGAGCCCGCGUAGCCGGGCCCCAGCCUUUUUCUGAUUGGACAACAUGAAUAUUCAAAAUUCUUCGCUUCAUAAUUUGUGGAUUUCAAUUUCCGCCGUUCACUUUGUGGCUUUGAAAUCCCUAUCAUUUCUCGGUUUGUGGAUAAUUUUUGCAUUUAAUGCUCUCUGCUUGUAACGCGCCGGUCCCAGGUCACUGCAAGGCUUUUGCCACUUAAAUCUGGGCUCAAAAGUCACCUCUUAGGGCCCUUCCCACGUCAUCCACUCAGGAAUUCGCGCCUCUAGUUGCUGGCUGGUCUCACUGUUUUUAUUUUCCUCCUAGCAAUUGUCUGAAACUGGUUUGUUUGUUUCCUUGUUUAUGGUUUUUUUUUUAUUGGAAUACCUGGUUUAUUGGGAAAAAUUCGUAAUGAAAACUUGAAGUGCUUAUUCUGCAACUUACAAAAUAAAAAUUUGAUAUAUAAAA